UUAUUUGUGAGAUGAUAGUUUUCUAUUCUUGGUGAACACGUGUUUCGCAACAAGUUACAAUGACGUGAUAUUUGUGCCAAAAAAGUGAAGGAUUCGGAUUAACGUAUGAGAGGUGACAAUGUGGGCGUUCUUACUCCUUCUGAUCACGGGUUGUUCCACAUCACGGGGACAGGUGAUCAACAGAGCACCACAUUUUAUUCAUGGAGGGGAUAUGGCCAGAUUGGCCGUUUCCGAGGGAACUUUACCCGGAGCCCCGGUCUACACUCUCCAAGGAGAAGAUCCGGAAGGAUCAAGAUUACAUUAUUCCAUCAGCGGAGAGUACUUUACUGUAGAUAGGGAAACGGGUGUCGUGAUCCUCAGGAAAGCUCUGGAUCGUGAAGCCCAAGAUUUAAUUGAAGUCAUCAUCAGUAUAACCGACGAAGGCAUCGCUGGUUCGGAACCCAAUACUGUAUCGUUACGUCGAGAAAUAGCGGUUCUAGACGAAAAUGAUAAUGCACCGGUCUAUCAUGGUCGGCCUUAUGCGGCCAGAGUACCGGAAAGUGCAAAAGUAGGAGGCUUGUUACUCCCACCAGGAACAAUUACAGUAACUGACCGUGACGGUGGUGUAAAUGCAGAUGUCCACGUUUCUUGCAUUCCUGCCUCCAGGGACGACGAUGUCUGCGAAGUAUUCGCAGUUGUCUCAGAAAAGUUGGCAGAGGGAAAAUACGAUGUUCAGAUCACUCUGUCGAAACCGUUAGAUUACGAGAAAAGAAAUUCUUAUCUCAUCAAUCUUGUCGCUGUCGAUGGAGCCAGUGAUCCUUUCAAAAGGUUACAAGUCAGAGCUACAGUUGCUGUCGAUGUUCUCGACGUACAGGAUCAGCCACCUAGUUUUCUAAAUGCACCAUACAGUGCAACUAUUCCGGAAAAUACUCCAGAAGGCUACACAAUUUUGACAGUAAGAGCAAAAGAUGGGGAUACUGGAGAACCAAGGCCUCUUCUUCUGUCCCUAGAAAAUGAGGAUUUUGGCCACUUCCGGUUGGAGGUAUCACGAAAGGGCGACACUGCCCUGGGGAGAUUGAUAACAACGAAUGUCUCCUUGGAUCGUGAAGAUCCGAAUAUUUUGCAAAAUGGUGGGAUUUAUACUUUCCAAGUGAGGGCGACAGAACUCAUUAACAACGAGAUUCCUGCGGACUCAGCCACUUCGGUAGUAACAAUUGUCGUUACCGAUGUGGAUGACUUGACGCCGACCUUUAAUGAAGAUCACUUCAGUCUCAAGAUCUCUGAAGAUAUAGGCACGGACACUCCUCUUCCUGGACUCAAUAUGGUUGUAAGUGAUGGGGAUGUUGGAGACAAUGCAAAGUACAAAUUGGCUUUAAGAGACGUUCCUAAUUACUCAGGAGUCAGUGACGCUUUUAUAGUUAGUCCUGAAGAAGCUCAAGGAAGAGUUCCAGUAGUGAUAAGAGCCAGAGACGAAAGUGUCCUAGACUAUGAUGUUCCAGAUCUCUCUUUACGAGAUUUGGAAUUCGAAGUGACUGCCUCAGUAGCUGAAGAAGUGGUUGCAACUUCCAGAGUCCAUAUCAAACUUCUAGAUGCAAACGAUCAUAGUCCCCACUUUUUACAAUCAGUCUACAGACUCUCCGUUCGAGAAGAUGCAGAACCAGGGACUCACUUUGCAGACGUGUUUGCAACAGAUCGAGACAGUGGAUCUUUUGGUGAUUUGACCUACAGUCUUCGGGGAUUCGGAGCAGACAAGUUCAGAGCGGAUCCAAAAGAAGGUGGAGUUUCGGUGGCAAAAGAACUGGAUUACGAAACUCAGAAAUCCUAUUCUUUAACCAUGGAGGCCAAAGACGGAGGUGGAAGAGUGUCGACCGUGAAUAUCCUGAUAGAAUUGGAAGAUGUUAAUGACAACGAACCCAUUUUUGAACAACAGGAGUAUUCCAGAACUGUGAGGGAAGGAGCGACUAGUUUUGAUCCUCAGAUGUUUGUUAGGGCGACUGAUGUUGAUGGUCCCAUGCAUGGUAAUGGAAAAAUAACGUAUUCUAUCAGUAGUCACAACAGCAUGUCUGAAAACGUUUUCAAGAUAAAUCCAGAAUCGGGUGAGCUAACAAUGAUUAAACCAGCUCGUUCCGGGGAUACUGAACGAGGAAUCUAUGAAUUAACAAUUCAUGGAACAGAUGCUGGGAAGCCACCCUUAUAUUCAGAAACUAAAAUUUUCAUUCGAGUGGGUGUCCCUGGUAACCAGAAACCAGUUUUUCGAGGGAAUUAUAAAGCUGGAACCCCGGGACCAAAUAGUUACAGAGCAAGGCUUUUGGAAAAUGCUUCUCCUGGUACUGAAGUCAUUAGAGUGAUUGCUAAUGAUCCAGAUGGAAGAGAUAGUUUGUUACAGUAUCAGAUAGCUUCUGGCGCCAAAGACAACUUUGUCAUCAACGCGAGCUCUGGAAUCAUAACAGUUUCUCCAGAUGCUAGACUGGAUCUCGAAACUGGAGGUGAUAAAUAUGAAGUAAUAAUCUUUGCCAUCGACUCAGGAAGUCCUGUUAGAGAAACUGCAAGUACCACAGUCACUGUCAGCAUCAUUGAUGUAAACAAUAAACCACCUACUUUCACAAAUUCGACUUACCUUGUCUACGUUUCUGAAAGAGCAGCUUUAGGUGAUUCAGUUUUGAAGGUAGCAGCAUCAGAUCCAGACUCAGAUGCAAAUAUAGAAUACUCUAUCAUAGAGCCAAUCAACGCGGUCGACAAAACUGGAGUAGCUCUCAAAAGUACAGUACCCUAUGACUAUAAAACAGCUUUUCGAAUAAACACCACAACAGGAAUGAUAACAGUCAACAGAGGUCUUGAUUAUCAAGUAGCGGCCGUUGUAAUUUUAACAGUCCAAGCGAAAGAUUUGAACGCAAUGGAAAACAAAGAGAAUCAAGUAGCGAAAGUUGAAGUCACUAUCUAUAUCCAAGCUUACAGUGAUGAUAAUCCAACUUUCACAAAUCCUGGUUGGUCACCAAACAACCCAACGAUCAAAAUUACGGUUCCUGAAGAACAGCCAUUAGGAUCGACUUUGUUGACGCUCUCAGCCAAAGAACCAAUGACAGGAUAUCCUGCUCAAAGAUUUGAAUUGAUCAGAGCAGAAGAUGAUGAAGGCAUCGUUAACGUUGGUGUGCAAAGUGGAAAUGUUGUUUUGAGCAAAAGACUUGAUUAUGAAACUCUUAAUAAAAAGUCAAUCAAAUUUAAAGUUAGAGCUCUGGCUAGGGAUUACGAAAUCACUCGUCACAUGUCUGAAGCCAAUGUGAUUAUUGAAGUUCAAGAUAUUAAUGACAACAGCCCAAUUUUUACUCACAAAGAUUACAAAAUUGCUAUUCUCGAAUCAGCCAAACCUUCGAAAAUCAUUCUUAAUGUGAAAGCUACUGAUAUGGAUAGGUCAAAUACAGAAGAAGAAAAGAAGAGAGGAUAUGGAGAAGUCAGAUAUCUACUAACUGGAGAAAAUGCCAACAUCUUUGAGAUUGAUCCCAUCAAUGGAAAUGUUCAGAUUGCUCAGAAUACAACUCUUGAUAGGGAAAGACAAUCAGUCCUUCGAUUCUUCGUCGUUGCAUCAGACAUGCCAGAAGGUGGAGUCGAACAAAAAACUACCAGAGCUUUGGUAACCGUUGAUAUCCUAGAUGUUAAUGAUAAUGCUCCAAGUUUUCCACAAGAAUCUUACACAGCAGUUAUUCCAGAAAAUGCUGCCAAAGGAGUGAGCAUUGUAAACAUCACAGCUGUUGAUCCUGACGAGGGUACGGGAGGACGUGUUCAGUUUGAGAUAAUCGAUGAAGGAGAAGCUAAUGGUCUACUGAAGAUAAAUCACACAUCAGGAGAAAUAUCAUCAGCCAGGGAACUAACCGGAAAAGGCAGAACUGAACCGUACACCAUGAGAAUAAGGGCCCAAGAUGGUGGAGACCCAGUAAUGUUUUCAGAUGUGCUCCUAACAUUAUACAUCGGAGACGUUGUCAGUAAUGACGGAGUUCCUCUUUUCAUCAGACCAACUCUUGAAGAAGUUGCUUUCAUAGCAGAAAAUUCAACAAUUGGUAGUCCUGUCUUCCAAGUUGUAGCUUCUGAUCCUGAUGAUCCAAAUCUCCCAAAUGGGAAAAUCACUUUCAAAUUUCUAGAAGAUGGUAACUUCGGAAGUGACUCAAGUUCGUUCAGAAUCAACAGUGAAAGUGGAUUAAUAACAACUAGAAAACUUCUGGACAGAGAAUCAAAAGACUCUUACACUUUGAUCCUCGUUGCUCAAGAUUUGGGCAAUCCUCCUCAACAAGCGACUCGAGUUCUGCAAGUCAUGAUUGUUGAUAUUGAUGAUCAUAAGCCUCACUUCAAAAGAAAUCUCUACAGUCCUCCAGUAGAAUUAAAUAUAGAAGAAGAAUUACCGGUUGAUUCCACAGUUGGCAUAAUUGAAGCCAUUGAUGAAGACAUUGGGGAAAAUGGGAUGAUUGAUUACGCGAUCAUUUAUGGGAAUGAGGCUGGGAUUUUUUCAAUAAAACGUCUACAGAACAAUUCUGCAAUCAUUAAGUCGACCAAAAGAUUGGACAGAGAAGCGACUGAAAAACAUUUGCUGACUGUAAAGUGCUUCAAGUAUUCCUCGAAGAAAUCAGAAGCUUUACAAGCAUUGAAACCUUACAAUCGACAGGAUCCAUCAGAAAGGCAGAUUUUGGUAAAAGUUUUAGAUAUUGAUGAUAACAAACCACAAUUUAGAAAAGAAAAUUUUACUGUCGGAGUUAGAUUAAACGUUCCAAUCGAUACCAGUUUGAUAACCCUGGAUGCCCAUGAUCCAGAUUCUGAUGCUCUGCCAAUCAAUUACAUCAUGGGGAAUGUUUCCUUCAUUUCUCUAGUUGAUCCAACAAUGUCUCAGAAGGCAAUCCCUUCACAUUUAGCUUUGAAUUCUGAAACUGGUGAACUCAGAACUACUGGAUCACUCGCAACCUUUUCUGAUGGCUACAUGGAAAUUCCAGUUUCUGCUAAUAAUUCACUAAUAAUUGGAAGACAAACGAAUAUAACGCUGAGGAUAUUUUUACUCAGAGAUAGAGACAUGUUGAAAUUCGUAUUUUCGAAACCUCCAGUUGAAGUGAGGAAGAAACUGGAGAAUUUUGAGAAAGCCGUCCAGCAGGCUUUGUCCUUGCCAAUCAGUGUCAAUGUUUACGACACUCAAUUUUAUUCCAAGGAUGAUAAUUCAUUAGACUUUUCGUCUACAAGUUCAUGCUUCCAAAUGGUGGGAAAGGAGGUGUAUGAUCUUCGGGAGAUGAAGACCUUGCUCACUGAUCCAAACAAUGAGGAAUUGAAAAAAGUUUACAGGAAUUAUAAUGUGGAGAAGGUUGCCAAUUGUGCCAACACUGUUGCGCGUGCUGACGCUUCCAAAACCCAGAUGUGGGUUCUGGCGAUUGCUGUUCUGGUUGGAAUAGCUACUAUUGUGUCAAGCUGUACCUUAUGCUGCAUGCAUUCGAAAUACAAAAAGCAAGCCAAACAUGCACGUUUGAGAGAUCAGCCGAGACCAACCUUAAGCUACAUUUCUUCUGGACCAGGAAUGGUCAGUGCAGCAUCACAUCCAUCAAUUGGACCAGGAACUGUUGUUACAAUGGGACCCCAUGAAAAUCCUUAUGAAUGGGGAGCAGACACAACACUUUAUCAUCCCAGUACACUUUCGAGAUCGUAGCUUAUCUAAAAAGGGCUUUAAGUUUAAUCCGGGAACUGUUGACUUCUUCAGAAUUCUGAUAAGGCCACUUUAGAUUUAAAAAUAAAAUGAUUUGAGUGCCAAUAUUUACAUAUAAAGAGACUUGACUAUAGAUCAUCUGCGACUUUUUUCAGGAGAAAAAAAAGAAGCAGUGAUGGUGCUAGUGCAAAACUACAAAACUCUCACUGAAAGUGAUUAGUGAUAUUUAUUUAUUGACUAAGCUUCAAUGAAAGUGUUCAUUUCAAUCCUACUGCUUAUUCGGUUUUGUAUUAUAUAUAUGGAUGAAUAACUGAAUUUUAUAUAUUCCACUUGUUCACCUGUUUGUUGAGAAGUUACACUAUUUCUGUUAGCGAUCCGCUGAAA